CACCCGUCCCCAGCAACAAGAUUGAGUGGCUGGCGUUUUAUUAGGGCGGUUGAUUGGUGAAUUUCCUUUGAAUAAAUUGCAUUUGAUAUGUUUAGGGACGAGGGCAGAAUUUGCAUUUUGAGGAUUGAUACUCUCGACCCGGUCACAGGGUAAUGGGAAGGCCCACAGCCCCCAAAUUGAGCCCCCGGACCCCUUAAAAAACAUUUAGCCCCUCUCUUCCUGAUCAGCUGAAUAGAAGCCUUUUAAAAAAGCAGAAAUGGGACAGAUGUUUUUGUGACUCGCAGAGAGAAAGUUUAUACAAAAUUUAUUUGUGGAAAUAUUUAGGCCAACAUAUAUGUAUUUUAUUCUUCACUGAGCCUAUUUAAUCACACCCUAUUGGUUUCCCCUAUUUAAUCUGGAAAAUGAACGCAGCUAUUUCUUAAAGCGGACUCAAAUAUUUAACUUUUGUACAGGCCCAAUGAGAAAUAAAAGAAAUUAGUGAAAAAAUACGUCAGAUAACAAACCCAAAUCGACCCAAAAAACUAAAUAUUUUUAUUUUAUUAUGCUUAAAAAGCCUAAAACUGGGUAAAUCGGAUAACAACGUAUGUGCAACCGGCAACACACACGAUCUACUACUAACUACUUUGUGUUAGAAAAUAUAAAUUUUUCAAUUUAAACCACAAUAAAAACACUUGAUAAAAAAGGGCCAAUGAAAUCUGUCUAUAUUGACACUCCCUAUUGUCAUCUUAACACGAAAUGAAUAGAAAAGACACACUUCAUUUUAGAAAUGUUCACAAUAAACACUUUUAUUUGUAGGAACUGGACACAUUUGUAUAAACACAUCACACAAUGCAAGACAUAACAAUGCACUUUUUUCUACCACAAAGGCGUUACAUUUAAAAGAAGGCGAGUGACCGCAUCUGUUCAUUCACAACUUUGUUUAUUGAAUUUAAAAGCUCGUCAAUGAAGGCUCAGUUCAUCCAAAGUCACAGCGCGGGAUGCUUAUUAUUUCCUAUAGUUUUUUUUUAUUUUUUAUUAAUUAGACUAUGAUUUCCAACAGCACGCAUCUGACAGCAGGUAAUCUGACUGCUGGCACUUUGAUUCACCUUAUAGCGCACACUACAACUUAUUUAAGCUUUUGAAAUCUAUCUUUAACGGACUUCAGUCUGACGCUUUUUCGUUUUGGAAACGUUAGUUGAGUCCUUGUUUAAUAUAUGUUGUCUCAGUACUUUGAAUUACAACAGCCUCUUUACUUAGAGGAAAAAGGAAGUUGUCCAUGCACUUUCUAAAGGAUGUAGCUGCUUUUGUCCAACUCUUUUAACCAUCGUUGAAGGCUUGAACGUCACUUUGUUAGUGGUCUAAUCAAAGUUUGCAGCUGAUGAUAAAAACUGUCCAUUCUCUGUUACUGUGGAGACUCAUUCUGUCGCUAUAUUCUUGCUGUAAGGACAAAGUGACUCACUUGUAGAAAAAAAAGGAAAAAUAUUUUAUUAUGAGUGUUUACCUGUAUCCAAAUAUUUCCAUAAAGGUAUGAAAGGUGUUUUCUAGCUUGAAUCCUUGGCACAUCUUGAAUGCAGAGAGGAUUUUUUAUUCGCUGUCAAGGCUCCGUAUAGACAAGAGACCUUGUGAGAGCCAUCUGCAAUCUGUCACUAUCGUCACAGCACUUCUCUGAUAAUCUAAAUUUACAGUAAACUGUCAGCAUGAUGUAUAUUGGUUAAAUAGACCUUCACUUCACAGUAUAUGCUCUGAAAGGGAACACCGUGAUCUGGCUCUUAUUUUGUCCUCAAAUAAAAUCUCUAGCACGAGACUGUAACGGGGUUUUUCUGCGCAUUUAGAGCAAAAUAGCUCUUCAAAUUUUAUGGAAAAUUGCUUAGAUAGCGAAAGCUAGUGUAACAUUGUUUUGAAAUGCUCCCUUUCAGUCCAAUGGUCAAUUGGAUGAUCAUUAUCCUAUUAGGCCUGUAUGUUGGGCAUGCUGCAUUGUUCAAAAUAGAUUGCCAGAUGCUUUAUUGCAUUCAAACAUACAGCAGCACCUUACAGGCCUGGACUAGAUAACGGAAGUAUUACCAGGACUGUUAUCUAAAAUGCUUCUUUUGCCGGGAUUCUUGAGCCUCCAUGAUAAUAUGUUUUAAUAAAGUUAUUCACAGCUGAACAUUAAAGGAAAAAAAGUAGUCCAUAGCAACAAGUAGAAUGACCCUGUAGCCGUUAUGCACGCAAGGAUAACUUAAGAGUAAGUGGAUAAUAGCCAAGCUGAUCUGGCCCAUAUUUAUACAGGAACUAUAUAUAAUAGAAUGGCAGUGGACUGUACAUUUAGAUAUCAUGUGAAGUCAUCUUACCGCUGACAUUAUGUUGACACAUUGCCUCUCAGGUGGUCUCUUGGCCGUACGUAUACAGUGGAUAUAUGGCGGAAAAUACAUCAGCUGCCAUUUACAAUGAGUUAGGUGCGAGAAAACCUGUAAGAUACACAAGAUAGUAGCUCUGCCUUACAGCAACAGUGUGCUCACAUGAAAAAAAAAACCGAGGCCUGCCCUUUGGUUGUUGCUGAAAAGAAAAUUCACCUGUUUUAAGUCGUCUGCAUCUGUAUAUCCAAAAACUAGAGGUUCAGUGAUGGAGGUCAGCAAUGUGAAAAGAAAAAAAAUCUACUAUAUUUAGUGUUAAAAAUAUUAGCCCAUCUGCAGCAGAUCUCUGUAGUUGUAAGAUCCCCUUUUCCACAAAUGCAUAUUCGAACUCAUAGUUGGACGUGUGGUAUUCUGGAUAGUUGGAGGUCUUUUGCACAUUUUUAAAAAUCCUUUGGGGAUCUUCCUGGGGCGCUGACCCGCGCUAAGUGCUCCCCCCAACUCCCCAGAGUUGAACGGACCCUGUAAAACUGAAGUCCAAGUCCGGGGUGAACCCCAGGUCACUGCGUCUAACAGAUAUGAAAAUGUCGCCUCUUUGGAAAAAAAGGGCACGCCUUGUUGUUUAACAAAGACUGUCAAUGGGCAAGAUUAAUCAGAAACAAAAUGGAAACGGUGUCACGUUGGGGUCAGGCAGAAGUUAUCUCUGUUUAGAGGAGCGAAUAGAAUAGAGGGGGGACCCUGGAAGAAAAAGGGGAAAAAAAGGACAGAAAAGAAAGCUUUCAAUAUUUCCGAAGUUUGGCCUCUUGUUUCUCCAUGCAGAGGCCUUGUUGACGUGGACAGUGUGGAUAUGCUUUGUGAAGAGCUGCUGCAUCUUCCAGGGACACAGAUACAGUGUGCCACCUCGGACAUGGAGAGGAAACACGACCUGGACGUGAUGGCUGAUGGCGGGGAGUACGAAAUCCAGCCAAGUAAAUUCGGGCCAUCGCACGGUCUCCGAGACACCUUGAACUGCCUUCGGUUCACCCGAGGAGGCCAUUGGCGGAGAGGCGUCACGUGACCACGGGGUGCCAAUGUUAUUCUACAAGGGUGUCAAGACCCUGUCAGUUUCUGAAAUAAAUAUUGGGAAACGGCGAGAUGCAAAAGGCAACCUACUACGACAGCUCCGCAAUUUACAGUGGCUACCCAUAUCAAAGCGCAAAUGGCUUCAGUUAUGAUGCCAAUCAGGUCCAAUAUCCCCGGGCCUCUCAUGUGGAAAGUGAGUACCAUCGACCUGCCUGCUCCCUGCAGUCUCCUGACGGCUCCGUGGCUCUGCAGAAGCCGGGGGAGAUGGCGGAGAGCUGCGACAGGACCACAGCCAUUCAGGCGGCGCAGUCUAAGGUUCAUCCCGAAAGCAAUCAACCGCAGGUGCCGGUGUCAGGCCCACCCCCUCCUUCACAAUCCCCCGGUGCUAUCAGCCAAAACACAAGCAACGGGUCCAACCAGCCCAGUGCCAAGAACGGCUCCCCGACCUCUACUGCUCGCGGCAAACACAUUUUCCCCUGGAUGAAGGAAUCCCGUCAGAACACCAAGCAGAAACCCACCAGUAGCUCCAGUUCAGUGGAGAGUUGCCCCGGAGACAAGAGUCCUCCGGGGUCAGCAGCAUCGAAGAGGGCCCGGACAGCUUACACCAGCGCCCAGCUAGUGGAGCUGGAGAAGGAGUUCCACUUUAACCGGUACCUCUGCAGACCCCGGAGGGUGGAGAUGGCCAACCUGCUCAACCUCACAGAGAGACAGAUCAAAAUCUGGUUCCAGAACCGCAGGAUGAAAUACAAGAAGGAUCAGAAAGGCGUCGGAAUGAUGCCUUCCCCUGGUGGACAGUCCCCUCGGAGUCCUGUGGGCCCGGCCUCCGGCGGUGGAGGAGGCGGAGGAUACCUCAACUCUAUGCAUUCUCUUGUAAACAGUGUACCUUAUGACUCCCAGUCGCCGACGUCUUACAAUAAACCUCAUCAAAAUGCAUACGGUAUGGCCACGUCAUAUCCCCCUCCCUUGAACAGCUCCCUCAACAACUGCCCGCCCUCCCAGAAGAGGUAUCCCGGGACCGACUCGGCCACGCCCGAGUAUGACGCGCAUCCUCUCCAAGGCAAUGGCAACUAUGGGACGCACAUGCAGGGUAGCCCUGUUUAUGUCGGCGGAGGUUACAUCGACUCAAUGCCCAACUCUGGGACCUCCGUUUUCGGUCUGACCCACCUCCCGCACCCGCCGUCCACAAACAUGGACUACAAUGGAGCAAUCACAAUGGGCAACAGUCAGCAUCACGGAGUGUGUGAUCCGACACCGACGUACACAGACCUAACGUCGCACUACUCUCAGGGAAGAAUCCAGGAAGCGCCCAAACUGACGCAUCUGUAGCGGUGGCGCUGUCCGGAUCACUCCGCCCAUUGUCUUAUCCACCUCCAGACACAUUACUGCUUUGUUUCCGCGCCUCCUCACGGCUCCCACCUUCUCUCUGCUUUUGUUUAUGUUUUCUAUAGUUUGAUGUGUGAAGUAGCGUAGGAUAAAUAAUCACGACUUGCUUGAAUUUUUCUCUAUUUGCUCGUGUCAUUGUCUCACAAAGACCUUUAUCUGGGCUGUAGGACGUCUAGAGCGGGAGGGAGGGGGGCACAGUAUAUGCAUAGGCCUAUUUAAUCUUUUUUUUAAAUCAAACAGGGUAUUAUGAACAUAUGUUAUUCAUUUUUAAUGUGAAUUUGUCCGUCUUUUAUUUAUCCGCAGUUGAAGAAUUGUGUUUUGCAUUUUGUUGCACUUGUGAAAGGAUCCUUCAAGAGCCACGAGUUGGGAUUUAUGAGGGGUAUACAUUUUCAGAAACAAGGGUCAUGCGCUUACACGCAACCUCCCUUGCUUGUGUUGUUCUAUUGGACUUUCUAAUGUUAUUUAUUUUGUUCGGUGUAAAGAUAAAACAGUCCUUUAGUAUUAUUUGACACCUCUGCGAUCUCUGUGUGGGGAGACGGUUGGUGGAAAAUUAGCGUCUCGGCCCUUUUCCAGCCCAUACAUAUAGUCUGCAGAAGCUCCUCAACAACAACAGCAGCAGCAGCAGCACGCCAUGAUGCUAUUAUAGGCUAUGUUUUCCAUUUUUUUUCUUCUUCGAGGAGGUGUUUUCUUUUCUCAGCGAAUGUCAAAUCAAUCAGUCAUGCAAUAAGGGUGGAAAGAAGGACACACGUUAGCAGUUUCUUUACUGAAGGAAAAAAGAAACAGACAUCAUCAUUUUUUUCCUUUUCUUUCGAUGUCAUACAUUCCAUGCUGCUCCAGUUCGAAGAAAUAAAUAAAAGAAUUGAAAUAUAA